AUUUAUAAGUCGCGUUAUAUCUAAAUAUGAUGUUGAGUUCAUUCACAAUUCGUACGGUGAAUAUUUUGCAGCGUUAUAUCUAUUUGAAAACAAACCAUCCAAAGCACGCAACAAAAAUUUUAUAUCUGACAGUAGAUAUAACAACAUUCGGUUUUUUUUAGAUUUAAAGCUAGCGGAAAAUUCGAAGUGUUUAGUAGGUGUUAUAUAUAAGAAUCUUACAAUUCUAAAAGAAUUUACUGAUGCAGAUUUACUUAAAAAGGAUAUCAUUGGUCGUGAUAUUUUGGAAGUGGCUUGCGCCUGGAAUAAAAGUUAUCCACUUGUUAAAAACAAUAUUAUUUUGUAUGACAAAAGUUUUAACACGGAAUGGUUAAUCAGCAAUAAUAAAAAAGUCGUUAGAACCCUAAAUUAUCGUGAUAUAGCAUCAAGAUUUUAUAAAUUCAGCGCAUCGGGUCACGUGUGUUUUAAAACAUUGAUGAUUUUGUUACCAUAUUUGAUUCCAUUAUAUGACGGGAAUCAGUUCGCUGAAGAAUAUUUAGUGGCAGUUUUAUAUUACGCAAUCAGGUUUGAUUGUCCAAUAAUAUAUGAGUGUAUUGAAAAUUCUACUCCCUUAAAAACCACAUACAAUACUAUUAGUUCAAGAAGCAUUUUAGCCUUAGCUCUUUUUAAUAGGUCAGCACAAAUAUUAAAAAAAGUUCUUCCCGAAAAACGAUUUAGUUCUGAAUGGGACUGCGUAGAAGAACUUUCAAUUUUGAAUUCGGAAAUUGACGAAGUAUUGAGUUUUGCGUUACAUUUACCAGAGUUUAGAACAAAUGUGCCAAAUUCGAGAGGCCAGUCGUUGGCGCAUUAUGCAUGUGAAAAAAAUCUAACGAAGACGUUACGUUCAUUAAUUCUCAGAGAAGCAAGCAUGAAUGAUCGGGAUAGGAACGGAAAACGUCCUAUAGAUCUUGCACGUCAAAAAGGGUAUUCAGAUUGUUUAAAACACAUAGCACAAAUUGACGUUUUGGAUAAAGACGGUCGGUUGCCACUUCAUUACGCUUGUGAGGAUGGAGAUUUAGGUGUGACAGAAAUACUUUUAACGAAUGGUGCGAAAGUUGACAUUCCGGAUAGAGAUGGACGAAUGUCGAUUCAUUAUGCUUGUAAACACGGAACAUUAAACCUGGUAGAGUUACUGGUAACGAACGGAGCGAAAUUUGAUGUUCCGGACAGAGGUGGUCAGCUACCGAUGCACUAUGCGUUUAGAAAUGAUGAGUGGGGAUGUGAUAUAAUUUUAUUUUUGUGCAAAAAAGGUGCGAAAGUGAAUGUUCCGGAUAGAGAUGGACAACUGCCGAUACAUUAUGCUUGUAAACACGGAGCAUUAAACCUGGUAGAAUUACUGGUAACGAACGGAGCGAAAUUUGAUGUUCCGGACAGAGGUGGUCAGCUACCGAUGCACUAUGCGUGCAGAAAUGAUCGAUGGGGAUGUGAUAUAAUUUUAUUUUUGUGUAAAAAAAAUGCGAAAGUGGAUGUUCCGGGUAGAGAUGGACAACUGCCGAUACAUUAUGCUUGUGAACACGGAACAUUAAACCUGGUAGAAUUACUGGUAACGAACGGAGCGAAAUUUGAUGUUCCGGACGGAGGUGGUCAGCUACCGAUGAACUAUGCACGCACAAAUAGACGGUGGGGACGUGAUAUAAUUUUAUUUUUGUGUAAAAAAGGUGCGAAAGUGGAUGUUCCGGAUAGAGAUGGACAACUGCCAAUACAUUAUGCUUGUAAACACGGAACAUUAAACCUGGUAGAAUUACUGGUAACGAACGGAGCGAAAUUUGAUGUUCCGGACAGAGGUGGUCAGCUACCGAUGCACUAUGCGUUUAGAAAUGAUGAGUGGGGAUGUGAUAUAAUUUUAUUUUUGUGUAAAAAAGGUGCUAAAGUGGAUGUUCCGGAUAGAGAUGGACAACUGCCGAUACAUUAUGCUUGUAAACACGGAAGAUUAAACCUGGUAGAAUUACUGGUAACGAACGGAGCGAAAUUUGAUGUUCCGGACAGAGGUGGUCAGCUACCGAUGCACUAUGCGUGCAGAAAUGAGUGGUGCGGAUAUGAUAUAGUUUCAUUUUUGCUAGAAAAAGGUGGGAGAGUGGAUGUUCCGAAUGGAGAUGGACAACUGCCGAUACAUUAUGUUUGUAAACACGGAAGAUUAAACCUGGUAGAAUUACUGGUAACGUACGGAGCGAAAUUGGAUGUUCCGGACAGAGAUGGUCAGCUACCGAUGCACUAUGCGUGCAGAAAUAAUCUGUGGGGAUGUUAUAUAAUUUUAUUUUUGUGUAGAAAAGGUGCGAAAGUGGAUGUUCCGGAUAGAGAUGGACAACUGCCGAUACAUUAUGCUUGUAAACACGGAAGAUUAAACCUGGUAGAAUUACUGGUAACGAACGGAGCGAAAUUUGAUGUUCCGGACAGAGGUGGUCAGCUACCGAUGCACUAUGCGUACAGAAAUGAUCGGUGGGGAUGUGAUAUAAUUUUAUUUUUGUGUAAAAAUGGUGCGAAAGUGGAUGUUCCGGAUGGAGAUGGACAACUGCCGAUACAUUAUGCUUGUAAACACAGAAGAUUAAACCUGGUAGAAUUACUGGUAACGUACGGAGCGAAAUUGGAUGUUCCGGACAGAGGUGGUCAGCUACCGAUGCACUAUGCGUGCAGAAAUAAUCUGUGGGAAUGUUAUAUAAUUUUAUUUUUAUGUAAAAAAGGUGCGAAAGUGGAUGUUCCUGAUGGAGAUGGACAACUGCCGAUACAUUAUGCUUGUAAACACGGAAGAUUAAACUUGGUAGAUUUACUGGUAAACAACGGAGCGAAAUUUGAUGUUCCGGACAGAGGUGGUCAGCUACCGAUGCACUAUGCAUGCACAAAUAGACGGUGGGGACGUGAUAUAAUUUUAUUUUUGUGUAAAAAAGGUGCGAAAGUGGAUGUUCCUGAUGGAGAUGGACAACUGCCGAUACAUUAUGCUUCUAAACACGGAAUAUUAAACCUGGUAGAAUUACUGGUAAAGAACGGAGCGAAAUUUGAUGUUCCGGACAGAGGUGGUCAGCUACCGAUGCACUAUGCAUGCACAAAUAGACGGUGGGGACGUGAUAUAAUUUUAUUUUUGUGUAAAAAAGGUGCGAAAGUGGAUGUUCCGGAUAGAGAUGGACAACUGCCGAUACAUUAUGCUUGUAAACACGGAAGAUUAAACCUGGUAGAAUUACUGGUAACGAACGGAGCGAAAUUUGAUGUUCCGGACAGAGGUGGUCAGCUACCGAUGCACCAUGCGGUCAGAAAUGAUCGGUGGGGAUAUGAUGUAGUUUCAUUUUUGCUAGAAAAAGGUGGGAGAGUGGAUGUUCCGAAUGGAGAUGGACAACUGCCGAUACAUUAUGCUUGUAAACACGGAAGAUUAAACCUGGUAGAAUUACUGGUAACGUACGGAGCGAAAUUGGAUGUUCCGGACAGAGGUGGUCAGCUACCGAUGCACUAUGCUUGCAGAAAUAAUCUGUGGGGAUGUUAUAUAAUUUUAUUUUUGUGUAGAAAAGGUGCGAAAGUGGAUGUUCCUGAUGGAGAUGGACAACUGCCGAUACAUUAUGCUUCUAAACACGGAAUAAACCUGGUAGAAUUACUGGUAAAGAACGGAGCGAAAUUUGAUGUUCCGGACAGAGGUGGUCAGCUACCGAUGCACUAUGCAUGCACAAAUAGACGGUGGGGACGUGAUAUAAUUUUAUUUUUGUAUAAAAAAGGUGCGAAAGUGGAUGUUCCGGAUGGAGAUGGACAACUGCCGAUACAUUAUGCUUGUGAACACGGAACAUUAAACCUGGUAGAAUUACUGGUAACGAACGGAGCGAAAUUUGAUAUUCCGGGCAGAGGUGGUCAGCUACCGAUGCACUAUGCGUGCAGAAAUUACGACGAGGGAUAUGAUAUAAUUUUAUUUUUGCUAGAAAAAGGUUCGAAAGUGAAUGUUCCGGAUGGAGAUGGACGGCUGCCGAUACAUUAUGGUUGUGAACACGGAACUUUAAGUACAUUGAAAUUAUUAGUAUCGAAUGGUGCGAAGGUGAAUACUCUGGAUCACAGUGGCAAACUGCCGAUCGACUACGCGCGGAAAAACCGAAACUUUGACAGUAACAUGAGAAAUUUUUUGUUAAAAAUACAUGAAAUCUAAAAUUGUCGAAACAAUUAUCGAUAAAGGAGUUCUGAUAAAAUUUUUGGCGGAUAUCGUGUAGUUCUUUUGUUACGUAGGUAUAUGCAUAUGCGUGAUUCUAUUUCAUUUGACAUGUCCAUCCAGUCAGUUACUACUAUUUUAUACUUAGUAAUCGUUUUCAUUUAAAUACGACCCAACCUAACGAUGAAGUCCUUUCUCCUUACUAGUUUCACUUCCAUGCACACGCAAAUAAGCAAUAAAACUUUUUGGCCAUAACACACUAGUUACAAAAUUUUAUUCUUUUAUGUCCAAUGAUCGAAACAGACAGCUCCGAAAUAUUUCAGUUUCUAUGAUAUUUUUAAUUAAAAUGUAUUAGGACCAAAUUACUUAUAAACAAAUCAAAAUCUAUUAAAGGUAACGAUGUUAUUAUAUGCGAAAAAUUUGCUAAACUGCCAUUAUCAUAGAUUUAAAAUGACGCUAUU